ACAUUAGUUGGACGUUAGUUACGGCCGUUUCACGACACGGUGGCUCCUCCCUCGCUCAUUUCAUUUCUUCGUCGCCUCUUCUCUCUGUUCGACCAAGUGUUCGUUUCCGCGAGAGAAUCGCGAACGGUGAUAGUCGAUAGGGGCAACAGCGUCGGGGAUACCUGCGUGCGUUUCGUUAGGGGUCAACCACGAUCGUGACGAUUCGAUAGGAGAUCUCUGGUGAACGAUAAGGGGUCUAGCGAGCAUCCCACCAUCUUGUAGCGAAGGACGAGAUACGAGAGCGGAAAGAUGGACGCGGCUAGGUCGUUCUAGCAUUAGGACAGCAUCGUUGGUGCGAAGUAGAGAUAGGGCGCGGCUGUUUCCUGGUCUCUCCCCGAAGAUCCAAGCGAAGGAUCGAACCGGAACCGUGGUGCGGAACCGCGGACGAGAAUACAAGUGUUUGCGUUUCAUGAAUACAUCGUCGCGGCCCAGCCUAGUUAUGUUCUCGAUCGAGUACAGCGAGCAAUUCCUGAGCUACCGUAUACUCAAGUCGAACCGGUUCAAGUACAUCUGACGAUACGGACUCGGACUAAGUGUGAUUAAAGGGUGCGCCCUAACUGCGGCGAGAGUGUGUACGCGAACGUACUGUGCCGGUGGUCGACUUGUCGUUCCUACGGUCUGCUCAGACAACAAACAAACGGAAGAAACGGACCGUUGUCCGUCAACGAGAAGGCAAGACCUGGAAAGUCUUGUUCACUCUGAACACCGGAUGCACCGAGUCAGCUUUCUGCGAUCGCCACGGAUCCAGGAAGCUGCGGCUGCCUUUGAAAGGGUUAUAAGAUUGAUCAGCGAUUCGAAUCGAUAGGCGAACACCAGUAAAUGAAACGAAAUUACAGAGAUUCGUGAUAGAGGGAACAUCUCGAAAGGAUAUGAACUAGCUUUUAAACCUUCCGGCAACGCCAAAUAAUAAACCCAUUGAAUUAUCGUUAACGCGUCUCUGGUCGAAUUGGUAUUGUUAAAAUCAAAAGCAAAAAAAAAGAAAUAAAAGAAGCAAAGAUUAAAGGAAUUAAAAAUGAUCGUUUACGUACCGGGUAGAAUGCCAAGCCACGUUGGUCCUUACGGAGGCGCUCGUUACCCGGGCACCCAGCUAGGAGCAGCAGUCCCGGCUUUUUACAGCCCAGUUAUUUCCGGUUAUCCAACCAGCCCUAACUCCAGCUACUACGGCAGCCUCGGCUUUCGUCAGCAAACGUCGCUGGACCUUCCGGUUUGGCCGCGAAGGAUGCCGGUCGAGGAGGAACUGGGAACGUCACCUUCGGCCACCUUGCCAGGAUUGGGAGCAUCGCCGAACGGUCUGGCGAACGCUGGACCACCGAGUCCCGCGCAUAGCGACUCGGAUGCCUCCAGCUCCAGCUUGGAGCUUGGCUCCAUUCGUCGUGGGGAAAAUGCCCAACUGAAAUGCAGAUGGCAAAAUUGUGGUCGGUGGUUCACGUCCUUGGAACAACUAGCAGGACACGUUGCGCGACUCCACGCUGCGCCAGGACCACGUGGACUGUUUUAUUGCGGCUGGGAAGGAUGCGCGAGGGGCGAACGUGGAUUUAAUGCAAGAUACAAGAUGCUGGUCCACGUGCGAACGCACACGAACGAGAAACCGCAUCACUGUUUCCAAUGCGACAAGAGUUUCAGCCGAGCGGAGAACCUGAAGAUCCAUGCCCGUUCUCACACAGGCGAGCGCCCUUACGUUUGCCCGGUCGAAGGCUGUAACAAGGCGUACUCGAACUCUUCGGACAGGUUCAAACACACGAGAACCCACGCGGUGGACAAGCCGUACUGCUGCAAGGUGCCGGGCUGCCCGAAAAGGUAUACCGAUCCCUCGUCCCUGCGCAAACACGUGAAAACAUACAGGCACUACGUGAACAACAACGAUAAGGUUCAAGAAAAAAGUUUCGACGAGAACAACUCACAGGAGAAGAUCAGGCUGGUCGACAGCACGUCGCCUGAAAAGCAGAGCAGUAGCGCGCAGUCCGAGUCUGACAAAAAGGACAGCAGCAUCGAAAGCAGCGUGUCGGGUACUAGUCCCAAGGCGAGCAACAGCUUCGAAGAGCAAAGGAACUUCGUCGAGUGGAACAACAUGUACAAUCUCCAAGAGCAACGCAAGGAACAGGAACGAGUCACCCCUGUAAAAGUCUACGAGCAAGAGGUGAAAAUCUAUCCAAGGAUCUACGAUGAGAACAGUUACAUAAUACCAGACAAGAUUCAAGUGAAUCCCAUGUACGUUACCAACAACCCGGUGAUCAAGGAGAGUCCUUCGGUCCACUCGCCUCAGACCAGUCCAGCUCACCUUCCCGACGCUCUGUCGUGUAUCGGGAUGCAGUCGACUCCCAUCAAGACCGAGGAACCCAUCGAGUGUUCGAACAAGGUCAGCACGGUCGAUUACAGGAACAUCGAGUCGAUCGUCAACAGCGCACCCUGCAAGAAAGAAAGUACCGUAACUUGCGACCCGGUGAGAAAUUCUGUGAUAAAACGAGCUGAGGACCUGAAGAUGGAAGUCGAGCAACUACCGAGCAAGGAGGACGUCUGCAAGAACACCACCGACUGUUGUUGCCGUCACAAGUGUUGCGUCCACAGCAACGAGAACAUCAUUGAGAAGACGAAAAUCCUUUCGGAUCUGAUCCUGAAAGCGCAGAAUCCUCUGUUCAGACAUCUCCUGGGCACGGUGGAUCUCCAAUACGGUCUGCAGAACAUGUGGGGCAACAUCGUCGACACGAACAACACCUGUGGACAAGAUCUUCGAGUUAAAAACGAGAACGUCGUUGAAAUGGAACAAGAUCUUCCUCUAGAUCUGACGAUCAACAAGUAAAGAGACCUUGGACAGUUCUUCUUGAGCGAAGAAUUUAUUUUUCAGGUUGUGAGAGACUGCGAUGUCUCAAACUACCGACCGUGGUUCGCGUUAAACGUUUUCAGGGCCGUCCUGCGCUUCAAGUGCCUUCCAACGAUUCUACCUUUAAUAUUUUACGAUAUUCUGACGUAGAAACGAAGCUGUCGAUCCAGGGCGACCUUGAACGUUCACAAAAUUGAGUCAGUUAUUACUCGAACCAUGGCCGGUCUUUGCUUCCGAAGAUUCUAUCAUAUAACUUUUUCUUUUCAUUCAAAUUAGAUGUUUUCAAGUUUGAACUUCACUCUGUUCGGUGGUUAUCUGAAAAAUAGCUCGGUUAAGAAAUAGAAAUAUGCGGGAAGUAAUCGUACCGGUGAUAAAGGAUCAAAGUUGAGUGGAAGGUUGCCAUUGUGAUUAGACUGCGAAAAGCCAAAUAUCUUGUAAUAGGAUGAAGUCAAACGAAGCAGGAUACAGUCUGAAAUCGAAUGAGACUUGCUCAAUCAAAUGAGACUUAAACGGUUUGCACUGAAAUCACAGAUAACAGUAUGGUUGGUGAAUAAACUCUCUGUAUAAUAAUAUGUGUGAAAGAAAUGUCUCGGUAUGCUAUGUUAAACACCUAUGUAUGAUAUGUACAUAAAGAUAUAUUAUCUGUAAGAUGUUCGAAAAUGUUAGAGGCGUGGAGAAGGAGAAAAGUACGUGUGUUUCUGCGACGAAAAGAGCGUGUUUUAACGACAUUAAACUAUACAAUAAAAGCACAUUAUUUAUGUAAAAAAAU